AUGGGCACUCUAUUGGCUCUGGCCAUCUGCCUCGGGGCUGUCACUACUGCCUACGCUAUCAGCUCUAUCAUCCACCUUCUGUACAACAUCAGGGAGGUUCGGAAGUCCGGCCUACCAUAUAUCAUCCUACCAUGGCACGAAAUGAAUCCCUUCCAUGUAUUAACCUGCGGCUUCAACCGUGAGCUUUGGCAGUACUUGCCUAAGUGGACGUACUUCAAGUUUUUCUGGCGUGACUGGUGCCACCAUACAAAGUUUGAGCUCUUCAAGGAGUAUGGGGAUGUCAUUUGCGCCGUGAGCCCCGGGGGGGUGACCAUCUACGUGGGGAGUGUGGAGGUUGCGAGACAGAUGUACGAGCGAAGGAACGACUUUCCGAAGGCUACCAAGGUUUAUGGUGAGUUGUGGAUUCUGCUCGUGCGGGGGGGAAGCAAGGGAACUGAUUCGGGAGUUAGAAUAUGUUCGAUUUUAUGGGGAUAACGUGUUGACGGUAUGUGGAAAUUUUCCAUCUCCGGUAGGCUCCAUUGUGCUAACCAGCAUAAAAUAGCUCGAAGGGGCGGAAUGGCGCCGGCAUAACAAGUACACUCGCCCUCCGUUCAGCGAAGCUGUGCACAAGGUUGUAUGGGAUGAGGGCAUCAAACAGGCAUACGCUGCCGUCAACGUCUGGAGUCGCGGAAAUUCUGGUGUGAUGGUUGGCCGGGAUCUCCGCACAAUUUCAAUGAACGUGCUAUCCCUCAGCAAUUUCGGGGUAGCCCUAUCUUUCGAUUGUGGGAAUGAGACGACAGAGCAUUUUGGCCAGAAGAACAUCCCCCCGGGACACAAGAUGUCGUACGGAAACGCCGUGAACCAUGUAUUGGAUAACAUCAUCCCCUUAGCCAUAGCACCAAAGUGGCUCUUGAGAAAUGGCCCGGAAUCACUGAGAAAGAUCGGCCGGUCGUAUGAUGAGUUAGGGAUAUAUUUGAGGGAACUGACCCAGACUGGCGGGAGAGCUGCGACAUCGGGCAGGAGGAAUCUGCUUGGGUCACUAGCCAAGGCAUCAGUCGGGGAUGGGCGGGAGAAAGGGCCAGGGUUGGCCGACGCGGAGGUUAUCGGGAACGCUUUUAUAUUCGCCGUGGCGGGAUUAGAAACUACCACGGGGACAUUACAUUACGCCAUCAUACACCUGGCGCUGAACCUUGAUGUGCAGGACUGGCUCCACAGAGAUUUACAGGAAGCGCUGAAAGAUGAAGACCAAGAUCCCUCGAUGUGGGAGUAUGAAAAAGUUUAUCCGAAAAUGGCUAGCGUGCUUUGUGUGAUAGUGAGUUUGUCGAGACCACGCUGGCUUGUUUAAAAAAUAAUACUGACCAUGGAAAGCAUGAGACUCUCCGCUUGUACGCACCUCACGCACAUAUCCCUAAGUGGACAGCCGAUAGGUACCAGCCAGUAAAUUGGAGAGGCAGGGAAUGCCUCAUGCCUCCAGGAGCGUCAGCCUAUAUAACCACAACAGCAUUACAUUAUAAUCCCUCUCUAUGGGGGGACACAGUCAAAGGGUUCCAUCCACAAAGGUGGGAUCUCCGUUCAUCCUCAGAAGGAUGGGUGCGUACCGAUCAGGAAACCGGGGUUAAAACUCCGAUAACGCCACCAGAGACACCGCGGACGGAAACCCAAAGUGCCCCGUAUUGUUACUUGAGAACGCCGGUGAAGGGAGCAUUUGCCCCCUUCUCAGACGGCUGGAGAGCCUGUGUUGGGAAGAACUUUGCGUUGGUAGAAAUGACUGCGAUUUUGGCUGCACUAUUCCGUGACAGUUCGGUUAGGAUCAAGAGGCAGGAGGGCGAGACUCAGGAGAUGGCGGAUGAUAGAGGAAGGUCUGCCAUCAGUAACAGCGAAGGCUAUCUGACAGUCAUGAUUAGGCAUGACGUGGAGUUGGAGUGGGUUAGGCGAUAG